AUGAGAGAGUGGACUGAGUGGGAGAUGAGCUUUUCAGCAGGAGGGUUUCUCUCCUCCUCGGAUGGGUACUGCUCCUCAGAGCAGCUCCAGUACUAUGACAUGCUGGCAGACCCUCUGGGCUACCCCCUGCAAGACCCGGACCUCCAGCUGCUCCCUUACAGCCAACAACAGUACAACCCUGCCAACCUGCCCUUCCCUCUCUAUGGCUCUCCCCCUUCCUCCACCUCCUCUCCCUCCUCCUGCUCUUCAUCUUCACAGCCCUGCCAUCCUCAGUACCUCUACAGCCCUCACUGCCUGGAGGCCCCCUGUGACCCCAGCCCAGAUCCCCACUGUGGGGGUCUGGUUCAGGGACUCGGGGUGGCAGGGCUGCCUCUGGGGCGGAGGACUCGGGUGGGGUUGGGAGGGAAGGGCAGAGGUCAGGAUGAGCUGUGUGUGGUGUGUGGGGAUAAGGCAUCAGGGUAUCACUACAACGCUCUCACCUGUGAGGGGUGCAAAGGUUUCUUCAGACGUAGUGUAACUAAGAAGGCGGUGUAUCACUGUAAAAGUGGAGGUGGGUGUGAGAUGGACAUGUACAUGAGGAGGAAGUGCCAAGACUGCAGGCUGAGGAAGUGCCGCGCUGUGGGAAUGCUGGCUGAGUGCCUUCUGACGGAGGUGCAGUGUCAGUCCAAACGACUAAGAAAGGGAGGAAAAGGCAGAGGGCAGGAGGAGGAGGAGAACACAGACAGCAGGAGGGUCAGCUCUACCAGCAGACUACCUGGACAGGCUCUGUCUGCCAGUCUAACUCGAGAACAGAGGUACACAGUGGACAGGAUGGUGGAUGCUCACAGACAGUACAGAGCUCAGGACAGCAGCCACUGCAGGUUUGAGUGGCCAUGCACAGAAGACGGGGAGAGCCUGUCUGAGGUUUUAUCUCCAAACCUGCAAAGACUGCUGCAGUUUGCCCGGACAGUGCCAGGUUUUGACCUCCUGGAUUUCUCAGACCAGAGCUCUCUGCUGUCCAUCUCCUCUCUGGAGGUCAUGUUCCUGCUCUCUGCUCAGCAGUUCUCUCACAAUCCAACAAGCCCCAGUCCAGCCCUGCAGCUUUUUAGUAUGUCAACACACAACUGGAUGAGAAAUGUGGAGUCAAAAGAAAACCUGCACAGUCGGACGCCGGUCAACUCAGGAGGAAGUGAGGAUCUCUUCGGCCCUGUGCUCAGCUUCUUCCACAGCAUGGCGACGCUGCGGGUCACGGAGUCUGAAUACACGCUGCUCACAGCCACAGCUCUGCUCUGCUCAGACCGUGCAUCCUUGCAUGCAGCCAGCUGUGUUGAGAAAAUGCAAGAACUGAUCCUGGAUCUGCUGUCCAGACUGUGUGGGGCCCAGUCUGGAGCUGCACGAGGGGGACCACAGCGUUUUGGCCGUCUGCUGGGCAGACUGACGGAGCUACGAACCCUUCGUCACAACUACCUCCUUCUGAUGAGACAGCAGUCUGGACUCUGACAGAGAGGACAUGAAAGAAGUGGAGAAAACCAGCACAAUCAUCUCUGGGGAGUUUCAUGUGUAAAUGUGAAGACGUGUGGGUCCUGAGUGAGCUGAGAAGUUGUACAAAGGUGGUUCUUUUUUUUUUUUACCUGGUAAUGAUGUACUGACCCACAAAUUCUGACUUCAGUUCAUUCAGUCCUGCAGUCAGUGUUGAAUUUUAGCUUUUGAUGUAAUUUUAAUGUGAAAAUAAACUUUUUUAGUUUGUUUGAAAAAAAAAGAAAUGUCAUGGUAAAUUUUUGUAACUGUUGUAAACAACUAAGAUGUAAACUAAGAGAGGUUUCAAAUAUGCUUUGU